UGGAUACUUAAUUGUCGUUUGGAUUGUUUGAAUCGUCGUGUGAAUUGGUCGAUUUGUCCUUCUUCUUCGAUCAUUGUUCAACGCGAUAGACCGGUAUUCCCGUCGGCGAUAUGCGUGAUCGCUGUCGUUGUCGACGGCUUCUUCACGGUAUUCGGGUCGCUUAUUCCCGACUGCGGGCUACUUUCAAAACCAGCGAGUAUUCUAACGCGCGAUGUGCGCGAUUUCGGCCGGAAGAAAAUUUACCGACGACCACACCACAUAGCGAUAGCGUAAACAAGCUGACGUAUUCGGCUGAAAAAGCGUCUUACAAAAGACAGGACACAUCGUUACGACAUGCCCGUUUCACCUGUGCACCAUCUCAGUCACCCUCCAGCGAUGUUCGUGGCGAUAAAUAAGGAAUAUCGAGGAAAAAGUUAUGAGUUAACGGACGCUGAGCGGAUAAGGAAGACUCUCAGAGCGAAGAGUAUCAAGCGCCUAAAUUUCGGGACAACGUCGGGCUCUCCCCUUCCUGCCGUCCGCUUUUUCAUCGUCGAUUCCUGAGAGAAGCACUCGGCGUGUAAUUCUCGUCUCGAUGAGAUGGCGAGCGAGCCGAAGAGCUCGCCGAGGAGGAGCCCCGCGGUGAGGGAGCUGCGAACCGUUGUGCUGUCAAUCGCGCUGUGUUUUGCCGCGCGGAGUGCAGUCGCCGACGCGCACGGCUCGCGCGAGCAUCCGUUCGGCAGGCGUGAGUGUGGAGAUUCGAGUGUGUUCCGUCGUUGAGCUCGAACUCGAGUCGAAUUCACGAGUUCGGCGAAUUUGUCGCCGUGAGAAACGCGACUGAGGAGAGAAAUCUUUUGAGAAGUUCGUUGGAUCGUGUGUGUGGUGGUGCGACCGAGGCUGAAUGAAUCGCAUGUGCGUCGCGCGCAAAAUUCAAUGUCGAGCGAGCGUGAGCGAGCAGGUGUCAGCAGAAGCAGCCGGAGAGGCGCGCGCGAGUUGAAUUGAUCGUUCGCUCGAGAUCAUCGGGAAUCAUCGGUUGAACGAAAAAUCGCGCAGGCGCGACGUCGAACGCGGACUGACAAACGCGCGCGUGAAAACUAUACUCGCUUUCGCGUAAUCACAAGAAAUCACGUUUCGUCGCGCUCGUUGCAUCCACCUCGCCGAGCUCGUUUCAGCCGAAACGAGCGCUGAACAAAAUUGACCUGUCGCGAGUUUUCCCACCGACGAGAUUUUUCUCGCGCGGAAAGCUGAAUUCUCGGAGCGGAACCUCACACGGAAGAAGGUGGAGAGUCCUUCUUCGCUCUUCGGCUGAAAUUUCACUCCGAGGAACUCGGAGGCCACGACGUAGUUUAGAUCGCGCCAUAGUUUGCUCGGCGGAUUCGACUCGCGCGCAGAGAAGCUCGCGCGUGCGAGUAACUCGCCCGUUCAGCCUUAAGAGGAUCCGCUCGGCGAGGUGUGUCACGCGCGCAUUGCGUGAACGAGUUUAGAACUAAGUACGGCCCUGUUGGCACAUCACACAAUGGCUUCUGCUGUUAUAUAUGUAGGUACUCCGUGUUGCGCAACACGAAUCGAAACUAUAGAAACGCAGGGCGCUAAGCUCGCGCUCUCGUCGUCGAUCGACCUUCGGGCAUUCACGGGAUCGUCAUUGAAAUCCCGAAGCGGAGAACGCCGCCCACGGGUUUCGCGCGCCGGCGAGAGGUCCUCGGCGAGAUUCGGAGAUUUAUUCAAAUCGUGCCUGGCUUUUUCAUCCGGCUUUCCUCCGUGCUCGCAGAUGCGUAAACAGGAAGCUUAGCGCGGCGGUAUGGAAUGAGACGAGGAGUUUCGUUAGCGCGGUGUUUUGAGAAUUUUGAGGAAAGAAUUAGGAAGCUGAGCGAGGGAAAAAAUGAGAAAAUGAGAAAUUUUCCUCGUCAAGAGUCCGUAAUUGUCUCGCAUUUGAUCGCAAGAGAUAUCUGGCUAUAUAUUGUUUUUAUAUAUUUUUAAUUGAAAUCGAAUCGGUCCAUCGAAGGUUCCACCCGUCGCGGCCGCGGAAGAUUUCCGCAGCGGAAGGAGUCAAUCUUGGCCGCUCGUCUUCGCGCAGCCAUCAGUCGCUCGAUUAAUCUUUGCCGAAGGAGCGGCACGUUGUGCACGAGUAUUCGAUUUGCAUGUCCUGCGCGUCGACACACGCGCUUGAUUCCUGACCAAAGUCAAACGGGACCAUCGAGGUCCGCCCGGCGCUCGAGCGGUUUAACAUCUGUUAGUCGCGCGAACGCGCGACGAUUACCGCCGAUGAAUGCGCGAUAUUCGGAUCUAACGUAGGCAAUACGCUGUUUGCUCCCAACGGGACCCCGGCGACUCGAUACCUUCCGCUGCUGGAGAUCGACCAAACGAGUCGGUGCCAUGGCGACGAACUCGUUCGCACGCGCGGUAACGAACUCCUCGAACUGGAACAUUCGAGUUUAUGAGAUUCCUCGAACAAGAAGAGCCGGAAGACGGAAGCGAGAGAUGGCUUUCGGACAUCUCGAGGAACAUUUUUAGUUUGAUCUUGUACCUGAAGUUGUCUUGAGUUCAUCUUAAGGUCCUAAGUAGCUGCACGGCUAACACGUCUUAAGACGAGCUUAAGAGACCGCCUUGAGUAUAAGUUUGUGAACCAAGUUCGUUUAAUCGAGAGUUUAUUAAUUAAAAGAAUCGAUUGUAACAAUUGAGAUUUCGCUGAGAUGUAAUGUCGACGAAAUCCCGAUGUAGAACUCGAAGGAUUCCGUCUCGGGCGGACGCGGAGGAGACGUCGGGAUGUCGUGCACGUCGAAGAAACCGAUGUGAUCCCGCGACGCGGGAUACGGCUGAACGAUAACAGCGUGUUCGAAGGUGUACGUGUUCCUGUUUGCGAUUGCGCAACGAGCGUGGAAACAAUGAGAGCAUCGUCGUGAGCCACGAACGGAACCGUCGAUCGUGACGCGGCGACCUUCGAGCGAUCGGCCCGGCCGAUCUCGUCCCCGGGGCCGAAAAUGACAAUAAGUCGGCCGGUGGUGAUGAAACGUUUCGGACGCGGCGUUCAUCCGCCGUCUCGAGGAUGACGAAGACGUGGACGGUAAGCGGCAUCCCGGGGCUCCUCGUCCUCGUACCCGUUACCGUCUGCGCGACGAUCACCUACGUCAACCAGGACUCGUCGCGAUGCAACGACCGCAGUAAUAAGACCUUCGCGCAGUGUCAGUACGACGUCGAUUGCAUAGCGAACGCGUACUGCCGGAAUCAGCAGACCUGCUCAUGCAAAGAGAAUCACAUCCCGUUCGAGAGGGACAACGUCUAUAAAUGUUUGAGAGUGGCCACCUCCAUCGGCGAUCUGUGUGAGGAGGAUAUUCAGUGUCAAUUUACAUUUACACCUCAGUCGGAAUGCCAGGAAAGCACUUGUCAAUGCGCCCACGGCUCCCACUUCGUCGAGGGAAGGUGCUACGAGUCGGUCGGCCUGGGGAAGCGCUGUCUAUCGCAUCGCAAUUGCUAUAUGGAGAACACUUUCUGCGACUACGGUUUCUGCACGUGCGAUCUGCGCUACCAUUCGAGUCCUGACAACAGCAGCUGUCUGCCGAAUGCCGAGUUGGGCGAUCGUUGCCACCGCGACUACGAAUGCAUCGUGGAAAAUUCCAAGUGCAUACGGAACAAAUGCGACUGCAAAAUCGACUACGUGUUAGCCGAGGAUGGUCAGCGAUGUCUAAGAGCCGCCUCCAGGAUCGGGCAACAGUGCCAGCAGCAGUCUCAGUGUCAGCUGUUCCUCAAAUACAGCCAAUGCGGCGCGAACAACACGUGCGAUUGCGUCGCGAGCUCCCACAGACGCGGCUUUCAAUGCUACGUCGAUGUCGAAUUGGGCGGCUAUUGCGAGACUCAUCAUCACUGUAUCACUGGUAGUUACAGGAACUCUAAUUCGACCGGGAAGUCGAAAGUGGAUUGCGUGAACGGUUUUUGCGCUUGUAGCGAAGGCUACACGCUGAUGGAGGAGCUGCAUGAUUGCGUCCAAUUCAGCGACAAUGGCGCAACAAGAUGGCAAACGUACGAAAUGCUUCCUAUCGUCGCCCUCGUCGCGAACUUCCUCGCAGGUUCAGGCUGAAGAGUAACGAGUCGACUCGUUCGAGAGCAAAAAAGAAACAAAAAAGAAAAAGGAUAGCCGGCGAGCACAUCCUGACUUGUUAAUUUAGUAUCUAGUAAUUAUUUAAUUUCGCCCAAACGAUCGCAGUUCUAAUAAUUUAUCCGUUACAGAAACACACGUGUGUGUCUCUCGUGUGGUAUUCAUCGAAACAACUCGCGCUUGACUAAUGCGGAUUGGACAUCUUAACUAGCGACUAAGGCAGCCAAAGAGAAUCGACGCUUUUUCCUCGAGUGGAGGGAACAGCGUGCCUGUUAAAAUCGACACGCGUACACUUGAUUUCGAGACAGUUUGAGCACUUUUUUUCGAUGCAGUUUGGAAGGUAGCCGAUACUCUGUG